GGAAGAACCGUGAGCCGUUAGUUUCCGUUCACUCCUCCUUCUCCUUCAUCGCUUAAACCUUGUGAUUGUGUUUGCUUCGCUCCCUCCUGUCCUCCCCUCUCCUCUCCUCUCCUCUCCUCUCCUCUCCUCUCCUCUUCUCUUCUCUUCUCCUCCUUCUCCUCUAUUUGCCAAUGAGUUCUUAUUUUGUGAACCCCUCUUUCCCCGUGAUACCGGGAACGGGCGGGGGCGGGCAGGCGGCGGCGGAGCCGUUCCUCGGUCAGAUCUCGCUCUAUUCGUCGGGAUACGCCGACCACCCGCUCAGACACUACCCGGGGGCUGCAGCCGUCAGCGCGGCCGCAGCCGUGGCGUACAGCGCCGGCGGAGGCACCGUGCAGGACAAAUACCCGGGCUCAGCCUACUACCAGCAAGCGGCAAACGGAGCGUACGGCGGACACCGCGCGGCGGGAGUCGGCGUGGGGGGCGCCGCCGGAGUCGGAGCCUGCGAUUAUGCCUCGGCGGCAGCGGCGGCCGCGGCGACGUUUUACCGGGACAAAGAGCACCCGUGCGCCCUGGAGGAGCACCAGCUCGCGCUCAGCCAGGACAGCAUGCAGCGCAAGGCGGAGUGCGCGGGGCUGGCGGGAAAGGGGCUGUUUGCUGACACCAUGGACGACAAGGCGGCGUCGACCCCCAUCUACCCGUGGAUGCAGAGGAUGAACGCCUGCAACGGCACCUUCGGCAGCCCCGGCAGGCGCGGGCGGCAGACGUACACGCGCUACCAGACUCUGGAGCUGGAGAAGGAGUUCCACUUCAACCGCUACCUGACGCGGCGGAGGCGCAUCGAGAUCGCGCACGCGCUCUGCCUCACGGAGCGCCAGAUCAAGAUCUGGUUCCAAAACCGGAGGAUGAAGUGGAAAAAGGAGAACAAACUGAUGAGCACAUCCCCGUCGACCUCCUCUUCCUCUGCAGUGAACGGUACAGAUGAAGAGGACAAACGGACGGAGUAGUGGAGGAGGAGGGGGGAAAGAACAAACGAAAAACAUUUAGGCCACAAAGAGGAAGAGGAGGAUGGAGGAAAACGUUGCCGCCGUGGAGAGGUCUGUGGAGCCUGUGGAAGUGGCGCUUGCAGGUCCAUUUCUCCGCCUGUUCGCUGAGCAGAACGGACCGGAACGGAACGCGGAUGACACGCCGAGCUCAAUCCGAGCUCUGCGUGUCCCGAUCUCCAAGAUCUCCAUGACUUUUCUGGAAACCAAAAAGGAGUUCCACACAGUCAGCAUGAUCCACAUCAGUUUAGUUAAAGAUUAUGAAACAUGAUUUUGUAAUUAUUAUUAUUGGAACUGUAAAAAAGCUGACACGCGAUGUGACUAAAAGGAAAUCAGGUGUUUUUGUUUUAUCCUUCCAGGACUAAGUUUGCAUACAUGAUCUAUAUACACAAUCCUGUUGAACAAAAUCAGAUAAGAGUAAAGACAAAAGUUAUCUGAGGUUUAACAGAUCAUACCUGGACACACACCUGAGAGUUUUUUUUAAUCCGCACUCUUUAUUUUUGGUUUCUUGAAAAGCAAAAUCAUUUUAUUUUAGUUGAGGGGGGUCUUCAGGCAGUUUUCAUCUUUUUAUUUUCACAAAGAGAAAUAAUUUCAAUUUAUUAACCUAAGCGUAAUGGGAGGGGGUUCUUGUGUUCGUGGGGCAGGAAAGACCUCAACGCGGAAACGUUUCGCUGCAUUCCAAGAUGAAAAAAAAAAACUACCAAACUUUUUAUUCUAGUCAUAUAUAGUUUAUUUUUGUAUUCAUUUUGUCAAACUGUGAUGCACUUGUUGAGCUGCAGGUCAACGGGAGGGGGAUUUUUUUUCUCGAUGUCAGCUGUUAUUUGCUCUAUUUUCGUGCAAUCGCACCUUGCACGCGCUCAGAAGUCCACAUUUCCAAAUGUUUUCUGGUGUUCGUACUGUAUGGAAAUGAAAAAAAAGACAAACUUGGUGGGGGGGGGUCACCUUUUGUGGAGGGACAGUGUCACUCGGGGGGGUCUUUUAAAGCUGGACUUUCUUGGAGGCUGCAGAGGGGACGGGGUGUCAACCUACUGAUGAUAUUCUCCAAACUACCUACAAACGUUCAGGAGCGUGUGCAUCCGACCCGUUUCUCAGUCUAAUGUUAGUGUUUUUGUCACGUAUACUACCUAUGAGAAUGUCCAAUAAAGUGUUUGGAAAGUG